UGUUUUUUUUAUAGAUGGGAAGGCUGAGAGCCCAAAAGACAAACUAAACUAAAACAAGACGAGCAAUACGAUCCAUAUUAAACACAUGAUAAACCUCCAAAGGACAAUCUUGAUAGAAUUCGACUCCUAUCUCGUGGUUAGGACUCGGUUUGGCUAACCCAUCAGCGCAUCUAUUUGCUUCUCAAUACAUAUGGUCUACAUGCACCUCCCAAUCUCAAUUCAACAUGUUCCUGAUUUCCUGUAAAGUAGCUCGAUAAAUAAUCAUGCUAUCUACAUGAACUUCAACCUUGCAAUGUCCUCUUUCAAAAGCCAUCUUGAAUUCUUCAUAAAGUAGCUCCAUAAGUAAUCAUGCUAUCUACAUGAACUUCAUCAUAUCCCAAUCAAUCUCUUCGGUUCCAAAAAACACGCCGGACUUCCACGUGGCAUCCUAUCGUUCACCGAAAGAUUAAACGACGACGACUUAAGAGUUAUAGGUUCACCUUUCAAGAGAUCUUGUAGAGAACACUGAUUUGGUGGCACAGUCGGGCAGUUGACUACCGAUUUGGAGAUACAGUUCCAGUCCUAAUUAACUAUUGUACUACUGCCUCAGAAAAUGAUGAAGUUUGCAGGCUCUAGAAAGCUUUCUCCUAAGGUGUCCAAGGGACAUUUCUGUUUACUGUGAUGAAAUUCUUCAUCUGGCACUAGCAUAUCUUAGUUAUGACCCAAACUUUACUGACAACAUGGAGGAGGAUACUGACGAUGAAGGUCAUGAAGAGGAGGAGGAUGACGAGAGUGCGAAUGAAUAUACUGAUGAUGAAGAUGCCAGUUGGAAGGUUCGCAGAGCAGCAGCUAAAUGCUUAGCAGCAUUGAUUGUUUCUCGUCCUGAGAUGCUUUCAAAGCUGUAUGACGAGAAAGGCACCACGGUGAGGAAUGGAAGCAUCCGAGGCAAUGGUAUAUGGAGAAGAAAUUCGACUUCUUUCAAUGCUUUGGCAAUUUUAGUGUCACAAGUUGCUUCCACGGGUCUUGAACAUUGGUUACUCACUAGGUUUUCCAUGCUUUCACAGGUUGUAUGGCUUGGCAUAAAGAAGAAACGUGGUUUUUUAAACCCAAUAGAUUCAGGCCUUGCUUAAAUGUCAAGUGGCUUAUAAAUGAACUUGUAUCAUGUGAGAACUUGUAACAAACAUGUUCCUCGUAGAUGUAGUAAUACUUUGUAUACCUGACAAAAAUGUAAUCCUUGCACGAAA